AUGGCGUCCUUCACCGAAGCAACUCCGUUGCUUGCUUCACUCCACAGCACUGGAGAGGAGAAGAAAGAGGACAAUGACAACGAUCUAAUGAUUGAUAUCCCGCGCCGCAGCGGCGGUAGCAGCACCAGCGUCCUGGAUCGCCUCUCUUUCUUGUCCAACCGAGCAGAUGAUGUGGACUUUCCGAAUGUCCCUCCCUUUUCUAUUCUGGUCGAAGUGAUUGGAGCGAGGAACCUCCAUAUUGGAGAUAUGGACAGCAGUUUCAUGGAAACAUACUGUGUGGUGCAAUACGGAACCCGGACGGUCCAUCGCACACUUCCCUACCGUGGGAAUACAGCCGAUCAAACCGGCUCCAGGGCCAAACGCUUUGGUCAAGCACUCAAACAAAUGGUGGUGGAUCGGUAUUACAGUGACAAGGACGACGGCAGGCAAGAAAAAGCCACUACUCUGUUGAAUCCUAUAUGGACCAUUCAGCACGAUGCUCUGUUCAGUAUUGAUGUCACGCCACGCGACAUGGCCAAUCACAGAGCUUUGGUCAUGAACCUGUGGGCAAGACCCUUGCAAGGCAGCAACAACACGACGCCGACCAGCAAGCGAUCGAUACAGCAACAACUACCUACAUUUAUUGGAAAAAUUCGAAUACCCGUUCAGGAUCUACUGGGUCAAUGUCAUGAGCAACGAGUCGAGCUACCAUUGGUGGAUGAUUUUGACCGAGCAGUUGUGGUUGACGGAGAUGACAAGUCAUUACUCGCAUUUCGCUGUCGGAUCGCUUCUCCGGCCGAUCUAGAACUUACACGAUUUUGGAACGGACCCACAACGACCACGCCACGAACAACAUUUGUCAAUACACAACGAGUCGUCAACGACAAUCUAUGGACCCAGGCAAAAGUCAUGGAAGAGACGACGAGCCAAAAGGCCGUUCUGGUGACUGAGCUCCCCGAGGACCAUAUCCAGGGAGCCUUUCUCUCCACAGCAGUUGCCGGGGCCAUGACACGGCCGGAUGGCAGGGUCUGUGUCAAGCCCUGUCCGGAUCCUCUAUGGGCAAGGCAUCAACAAAAGAAACCACCGGCGUCACCCUCCUCUUCUAUCCGUGCGUCGUUGUCGCCCUCCUCUGCCUCCCAAAUGUACCUGACUCCCAAAGAACUGAAACUAGAAACUCACAAACCAUCUCGGCAGUGGGUUCAGGGGGGAUCCAGGGAAGGAUCGCUGGGGCGAUUAUAUGUAGAAAUACUGUCCUGUCAUGAUUUGCCGAAUGUCGAUCGUGGAGAGACUCUAGGGAACAAGACGGAUGCCUUUUGUUCCUUGGUGUACGGAGAUACCAUGGUCCAAACAGAUUUGAUUGAUGAUGAACUAUCACCGCAUUGGAUGCCUUGGACACAACGAGCCUUUGUCUUGAACAUGUCCGAGGGAUGGCCCAAUCCGUACGGGCAAUUGUUGUAUAUUGGAGUCUUUGGCUACAAGCGCAAGCCAAUACGGAGACACCGACCCAUUGGUAGAAUCGAGAUUCAUCCUCUGCAUUUUCAGCGGGACACUCUGUACGAACUAGAAUACAACCUCUACAAGGACUCUCACAAGGCACAUCGCAGAGCCCAAGGAACAGUUCGGAUCCGACUUCGAAUCGAAAUGGAUGACGAACGAGCAGCCUUUUUGGCAAGCUUCAAGUCGGCACUCAAUCCACUCAAGCCCAGGAUACACAUCAAUGUCAACACCAAGAAAAGUUGGGCCGUGGCGCAAUUCACAGCCAGGGGUGAAUACAACGAUGAAGAAAAGUUCCAGCUGGGUGUGCUGCAGGGGUACAUUGAUGAGAUCAUCCAGGGCUACUUGAGUCGACUGAUUUACGCUCUUCGAGAUGGAAGUCACUCUCUGAUCUUUUGGCAAGCCCACAAUCAGCUACAUCUGUCGAUCCCGGGUGGUGUCGUCGUCUUUCCGUUGUACUCGCUUCUCACAUUUGUCAUGGGCUUACUGGUGGUGGAGCAUCCACAGUACAUUCUUGGUAUUCUAUGCUUCGCAGCCAGCCUGUUUCUAUUCGCCCAAAUGGAGCACCGUAACCGAAAUCCAUCGCCUUGGAAAAGAUGCAAUUCCUUUGGGCACUACGUGAGGAUUCUUUUAAAUCAACAACCCAUUCGUUUCGAACGCAUAGAAGCAAACCAGGGAUGGGAAGAAACACAAGCACAAGAAUCAGCUUUCAGAGCACGGGUUGAAAGCGAACGAGAGUUCUUUCAAAAGAAGGAAGCAGUUGAGAAAGAAUUGGAAAAACUGGAGCACUCGGCUCACAUUGAUACCAAAUCAACCGAUCUGAUUCAGCUGGAGCUCCUUGUGGUGCUCGGAAAAGUACAAGGGAUUAUCGGGAAUAUAUGUCGCUUGCUAAGAUUUGCAGAUACCAUCAUCACAUGGGAAGAGAGUGACUUAUCAUUCCUUCUCACUGUAGCGCUUUUUGUCACUGGAUCAACUAUACUAUUCCUGCCUUGGGCCUUUCUUCUCAAAUGGACAGGUCGAAUCCUGGUCAUAGUACUAUUCGGUCCGCAGAAUCAUCUGAUCCAUGUAUUGUAUAUUCAGAAGAGAACCAACGACGAACAGAAACUACGGAAUCUCUUCAGGCAUCGGAUCCAUCAGGUUAGAUGUCAUCUAGAAGAGAUUACAAGGCUUAAGGUUUUUCGUCAGAGUGUCUUUGGAAAAUACUCUAUUGCUGUCCCCUCCAUCCUUUGGACGCCUCACCGCGACUAUCCAAAUCCCACCUCAACUGCCAAGUACCAAGGCACACGAAUGCAGGACAAUUUACCUGGUAAAGAAAAGAUCAAAGGCGCGGCCAUUGGGCAGUUCAUCGUUGGGAAGAUGAUCCCGCGACCUUUGGGAGCGAUGAAGGAAUGCCGUAACUACUCUAUGCAGCAGAAGGAGACAAUCGAAAGCAUCUUAGCUAUGCCCGAAGCAAACAUAGAAGGCCCAGAACAAACUAAGUCACCCGCGUGUUCUCCGCUAAACCAGAUAGGACGUGAAUCGAGUGCUUUCCUGGAUGCCGGCUUUGAGGUCGCUGAACUGUUUGACGAAGAGGCACAAUACGUAAAGAACGUGUUCAAACCAACCCCCCAGGAAAGCCUUCGCGAGCUUGGGGUAGAGAUACGAGAAGAAGCGACAAUGUCCAAAAUGUUUCUUCCGGCUUUUCGGUCAGUGCAUGACUUUGACGAGUUUGACCAAGACGACGAAAACAGUUCCUCAUCCGAAGAGGAAAGCAUCUGUGGUGACAAAGAAUCUGCCAAUGCCGUAACAUCGUGGAAGAAUGCGAGUCUGAGUCCAAGACAACACGUGGUUGUUGCCCGGCCAACAAGAGCUCGCCGACAAAGUGUCGUGGAGCCUGGUGUGGAGGUCACGGAGGAAGAAAGCGCCAGCAUAGACAAGGCUGUAGACAAACAAUCUGCAAAUGUAGAAACGGCGAAGACGCUCGACCUGCUGCAACCUGCAACUGCUUCCAUAUCAAAAGAGGUUCGUCGCCAGAGUGUCGUCGAGCUGGGCGUGGAGGUCACAGAGGAAUUUACUGAAGAGGCGGCUUUUGCGCAGCAAUCUUGGAACCAAUUCUCCCCCAGCGACCUCGUGUUCCCCGACUUAUUGGCUUCCGCGGCGGAGGUCGAGCAUACCAACGAGACUUUAGCGCUGUCUCCGUGCCGACGAGAGCAGGGGUUGAAGAUUGAGAUCCCGCUAUCCGAAAAGAACGACGAAGAGGACCCCUUUCGAUCGUCUCAGUCGAUUCCGACUUCUUCUUCGAGUGCACGAAAGUUGCCCAGGCAACAAAGUGACGGUGACAUCAAGGUUGACGAGCAAUGCGAGCAAUUGACUCUUUUGUCGAUUGUGCCGAUACCCACAAUUUGGAGUGACCAGAUCAAUGGGAAUGAUGAUGCAACAUCGGCUGGCGAAGGUGAAGCUGAGGACAUCUUGAUGCCACUGCCUGCGGUUGAUAGCCCAAUCCAACCGAGUGGUACUAUUGUCCCUCCUCCACAACACCGGUCGCGCAAGUCAACCUUUCUUGAAGUACCUCCACCACAGCCUCCCAAAAGCUCUUCAGUCGAGCAAUCCUCAACACAGGUUCCUAUCGGCAGUGCUCUAAGGACGUCGGUCUCAAUGGAUGAGGGUGAAUCUCAGGGGAUUGAUACGGUUGAAAGCGACGAUCGCGGAUUCGAAAUUGUCGCCGAAUGGGUCUCAGAAGAUAAGUAA